AUGCGGCUGCAGGAGCUCGUCGCGGUGGCGGCAAUGGUGGCCGUGGCCGUGGCGGUGCGGCCGGCGCUGUGCCGGGAGCAGGUCAACGGGGCAGGGCUCACGGCGGAGGAGAGGAUGAAGCCGAUGGCGACGGCGGUGCUGGUGUUCGGCGACUCCAUCGUGGAUCCGGGCAACAACAACAACCUCCACACCCAGAUCAAGGCCAACCAUGCGCCCUACGGCAAGGACUUCGUGAACCACGUCGCCACCGGACGCUUCUCCAACGGACUCGUGCCCUCCGACUUUGUUGCCCAGAAGCUUCACGUGAAGACGCUAGUGUCUUCCUGGCUCAACGUGGGGCACACCCCGGAGGAUCUCCUCACCGGCGUCAGCUUCGCCUCCGGUGCCACCGGAUAUGAUCCUCUCACUCCUAAAAUCGUGGGCGUGAUCACACUCGAGCAACAACUGGAAUACUUUGACCACUACCGUGGCAAGCUGGUGGCCAUUGCCGGCGAGGAGGAGGCGGAGAGGAUCAUCGACGGAGCCUUCUUCUUUGUUUGCGCUGGCACGGAUGAUGUCGCCAACACCUACUUCACAACACCAUUCCGGAGCGUAGAGUAUGACAUCCCUUCCUACGUGGACCUCCUCCUCGUCGGCGUUAACAAGUUCCUCCGCAGCCUCAACAAACGAGGCGCAAAGCUGAUCGGCUUCGUAGGCAUGCCACCUAUCGGAUGCGUUCCGUCGCAGCGGACGGUGGGUGGAGGGCUCCACCGCCGCUGCGAGCCCAAGCGUAACUACGCAGCGCAGCUCUACAACUCAAAGGUUCAGCAGCUCAUCACCGGCCUCACCUCGGAGCCAGGGUUCCACACGCGUGUUGUCUAUCUAGGUAUCUAUGACAUCAUACUCGAGCUCGCGGAAAAUGGUGAUCGAUGGGGGUUCACGGAAACAACCCGUGGGUGCUGCGGGACAGGGUUGAUCGAGGUGACGAACCUUUGCGACACUAGGUUCAUGGGGGUGUGCGACGAUGUGUCGAAGCAUGUCUUCUUCGAUAGCUUCCACCCGACGCAGAGAGCAUACGAGAUCAUCGUCGACAACAUGUGGGACACCUACGGUCACCUCCUACAACCCUGAAUCCAUUUUCUCAACACCGAUGAUUCAGAAGAAGUUUUAUAGUACAUGUAUGAUUGGUAAGAGCUGUCGUUUGCCAUUUGGGAUCCACUUAUACAUGGUGCAAGUAAUGACUAAGUCAGUCAGUCGGUCCUCCCAAUAUGGUCAAAUAUAUGAAUUCUCCCAAGUGUAUAUGUACUUACACUCCUUAUAUAUCACUUAUACAUAUACUUUUUUAUAUACUUGAUUGGUAAUUUGUAGAUA